AUGCCAACGGUCCUGUCUCCUGCUUCCCGACAAGCCUACGCUGUCGUGUUGGCCUUGAUGGUUUCUCUUCUUUUUAUCAGUGCUGCCGACGCGGAGGAAAUCGUCAUUGGUGUUCUGGACGGCUCCCACAAACUGACGACGGAGGACAUCAAGAAUGGAUUUAAAGAGAACGAUAAAAAUUUUAUUAAUUCCUGUGGUAAAUUCGACGUACAUGGUGACAAAUUCGUAUUGAUAAUUGAGAUGGGAAAAUUCGCAGACUAUCUUAUCCCCCAAAAGGGCGUUCAUCUCUGUGACCUUCUUACCAGCCCGACGAGAGAACAAAAGUAUCUCUACGCCCCGCAGGACCCUCGAGACGCCACGUGGGAUGGACACACCUUCCCUGUCACACCGUCCAUCUACGAGGAUGCGUUGGGCGGAUCCGCAGAAGGCUAUGUCAACGCUGAGCGAAGUACACUAUCGUUCUGGGGUGACAACGGGAGCAGCGAUAACCACACGGGAGGCUGCUGCGCGCUGAUGCCCGGUCAGAAUGCCGCUUGGUAUCGGCCGUACCGCCUUUUAUUCUCUCCGAAGGAACCUGCAAUGUAUCUUGCCUGGGGUACAAAGCCAACGGUUGCUGUUCCUAACGUUCCAGUGGUAUUUGAAGUCAACUUGUGGAACAUGCGAAGUGAGCCAGUUCUUGAAAAUGUCACAUUUAAUAUUACGACAAACGGAAAGAAAGUCACUGUGACAAGUCCAACGGGAAGGUACACGCAUUUUUCCAACGCCUCAGAUCCUAGCGCUGCGAAAUAUACCAUCAUAGUAGACCUUGUGUCCGGCCCCGAUACGGUGAACACAAGGCAACUGAAGGCUGUGGUGGACGUUUUUGGGAAACUCCCGUGGGAUGUGACACCGACUGCCGGCGGAAACAUCCCUGCGCUUGUGCGAUUUGGCAAGGCGGGCACGGCAAUCGGUCCUGUGGAUGGGAUUGCGGCACUUGACGAAGAUUGGUUUGCAUCCUCCAUCGUGGGCGGUGAGUCUCGAAUCCGCCCUGUUGCCGGUCACCUCAACACGGUGGAGCCCUACACGCUGCCUCCAGUGAGCGACAAGUGGGAAAACGUGACCCAGGCGGAUGGUGUGUUUCGGGUGCAGGUGCCGUGCAAAAGUGUGCAGUACUAUGCUGUCGCUGUUUACAGUGCCGCGGUUCAGCGUAUCGUGCUGCAAUAUGAGUUUGACACCGCCGCUGUGAUGUACUUUGCUGGUAAACGCUUUGUUCCCCGGGAAGAGGGUGGCUCACGGAGGGGUUCUUUUGCCGUUGAUGUAAUGCAAGGCUACCAUCAGGUCCUUGUCAAGUUGUUCUCUGACAAUUCGACAGCAACGGAGGAUCCUCGAAAGUGCACCGCCGUCUCGAGCUUUUCAAUGCGUGUGGUAGGCACUGCAGUUGGCUACACUCACGCCGUCAUGCCAGACAUUCCGGAGGGUGCCUACGAAAUAUGGAACAACAACUAUAUGUUCUACCUUCUUCAUUUGGGAGAGCAAAGGGAAGAGUAUCUGUACGGCGCACUAGACGAGGACUUCAUCAACGUGAGUACGGCUAUCCCGAAGCCAGGAGAACACAUGAGCGGCAAAGUUUGGAAGGUAUUUGUCUUUUAUGGUGGCCGGAUUCCCGUUUCUGCAGAGAGUCUUCCAAAGGACAAGGAGGCUGCUGUGUCAUACGUCGCCAUCGCCCUUUACAGCGGCUACGAGGAAAAGGUUCCUGUUGGCUGGACCUUCACCACUGGCGGCAAAACCGAUUUUUAUAUUGAUGGUAAACCGGUGUACAGUCGCCCAAGCGACAUUGGCCCUUUAAACGAGAGUUUCACCACGCCGGUUUCGCGCGGGUGGCAUCAGCUGAUUGUGCGCAUUGCCGCCACGAAAGGACAGUCAUGGGGUUUAACUUUUUACAUUCACUUUGAUAACUAUCGUCUUGGCAGUGCCCAUAUCACUGGUAGCAAUCUCCCUUUUGGCGUGGCUCCCAUUCGACCCAACAGACCACUUUUGUCACUCAUGGAAUUAGUCGAUGUCAAGUCUCGGGUUGGAGCGAUUCCCUUUAAUCCAUUCAACAAUACGGCGGUGGCGGAUGAGUUUACUGACCUUCCGAUUGAUGCAAGCUACAUGCCUGGGUUGCUUUUAAAUCAAAGCAUCUGGACAUUGGGGCAAGAGCGCCAGUACCAAUGGGUGGGAAGAGUGAGCGCAGAUGGCAUCUGGGGUCACCGCCCUUUUGGUGGAAAUUCCAAUCAGUAUUGGUUUGUUGUGUUGUAUGCCACGGAGUCGAUGGAGGCGACGGCGCGUGUCAUUUUUCAUGGGGGCUAUGCAAUGUGGCUGGAUGGCCAGUUGGUUGGCUCGUCACCCCUUUCUUCGGAGAAGGAGGUGCGCGAGACCUUGCCACUGAACAAGGGGUGGAACCAGCUGGUAAUGAAGCUCAGAGCGAACAACUCUUUUCACCUGAUCGACACAAGGAACAGCAGGAUGAGUUGGACUGCGGCAAACGCGUUGUGUGCUGAGACGAGGCAUAUGGAGUUGUGCCCACUAUCAGCUGUGUGCCCUUUUGGUGUGGGACGCCCGGGCGUGUUCCCCGUGCCUGAGGGCUCUUCCUUUGUCCCUGUGAAGAAUGAUGAAAAUGAAUGGGUUCAGGUGUUUUCAGGCGGCGGCAACGGCACAUCGAUGUGCGAGACGUGGCGAGACGCUCAUGAUGGUCGCGCUCCAAUCUGGGGCGAGACCAGUGACAACAUAACCGAACGUCAUCUUGUGCCGUGCUGCGGCGAUAAUUCACCACCGUUCAUAUGGCUGAGUAUCACUCCUUCCUCCACUGCGGAGGGCGAGUUGGGCUACACAUAUGAGAUCCCCGUUGUUGUUGAGGCGCCCGUUGUGACGGUUGACGACCCUGCAGCCGUCACACAAACGGUGACAAUAACCUGUGCUACGCCUGGGGCCAUCAUCAAGUACGCCGUUAACAAUGCAGAAGAGAUGGCACUGUACACACACCCCUUUACCAUCUCGGAGUCCUCGACAAUUUUUGCUCAGGCGUUCGCUCAUAGUCGUGAGAGCCGGAGGUUGGAGGUGUUUGUUGAAAUCAAGAGU